CUUGAAGCUGCAAAAACCGCGGUUCCACUGCUGGGCCAAGCCAACUAGGACUGUGAAGGCCAGGCCGCGCGGACUCCUCAGAGACGUGCCGCCGCCUGCACUUUUACUGCUGCAGCCAUCCCUUUAUCUUUUGCCUUCCUUUCCCGCGGUCUCCUACGGUGUCGCGGUACUGCAACCUCAGCUUCAACUACAACAACAGCUAAGUGGCCGAUUCCGGGACCUGGGGGUGGAGGUUGGGGCGGGCACCAGGCGCGGACAGCAUAGGCGUACCCGCCAUCUCUUUCCAGCCACCACUGCUGCAGUCAUCCCUCCUGGACGGCAGAAGAAAGCACCGUCGAGAGGCACACACUGUCCUUGUGCCCACAGUCAAGAGUUAGAGCGUUUCUGCCAAGCUCUGGUGAGAUCUUUGAUCUAGGAGAAGGGAGGACCCCUUUCUGAGAUUGCAGAAAAAAAAAAAAUUCUUAUUGGAUAGUAUUAACUUUUUGUCCUCAUAAUCAAGCAAGGGGCAAUUCUGUCUAAGUCCUCCUAAGCUCUGAACCAUGUCUCCUCCGACCAUGCCUCCCACGGGAGUAGAUGGCGUGUCCGCAUACCUGAUGAAGAAAAGGCACACCCACAGGAAGCAGCGGCGCAAGCCCACUUUCCUCACUCGUAGGAACAUCGUGGGCUGCCGCAUUCAACACGGCUGGAAAGAAGGCAAUGAGCCAGUGGAGCAGUGGAAAGGCACUGUGCUUGAGCAGGUUUCUGUGAAGCCUACACUUUACAUCAUUAAAUAUGAUGGCAAAGAUAGUGUGUAUGGACUAGAACUGCACCGAGAUAAAAGAGUUCUAGCGCUAGAGAUUCUUCCUGAGAGAGUGCCAACUCCUCGAAUUGAUUCUCGCCUGGCAGAUUCCUUGAUUGGGAAGGCAGUGGGGCAUGUGUUUGAAGGCGAGCAUGGUAGGAAAGAUGAAUGGAAGGGUAUGGUGCUGGCACGAGCCCCAGUGAUGGAUACUUGGUUUUAUAUAACGUAUGAGAAAGAUCCAGUCCUCUACAUGUACACCCUGCUGGAUGACUACAGAGAUGGUGACCUGCGCAUCAUUCCAGAUUCCAACUACUAUUUCCCUAUGGCAGAACGGGAGCCUGGAGAGGUGGUGGACAGCCUGGUGGGCAAGCAGGUGGAGCAUGCCAAAGAUGACGGGUCCAAGAGAACUGGCAUUUUCAUCCAUCAAGUGGUGGCCAAGCCCUCUGUCUACUUCAUUAAGUUUGAUGAUGAUAUUCACAUUUAUGUCUAUGGUUUGGUGAAAACCCCGUAAGUUCAUUGUGCUCUUUGUAAUAGUUGGGGAACUAUUACUUAAAAUAUUUUGUAUUUUCAUAAUUGUGAACUUUGAGAACAGUUUUGGCAUCAGAAAUUCAGGAAAGUAAGUAAAUCUUAUUGUGCCUCCAACUCUUGCAUUGACUAAUUCCACAGUUUUGCCCCAAGUAUACUGUGGUAAUUUUGAUAUUGCUUUGUUCUUUAAUGGAACAUAUAAAUUGGGUGCUAGUAGAAUAUUAAUGUGUCUGUAUUUUAAAUGUAAAAGUAGAUUAACCCUACCCCAUAUCCUUCUCCCUCAUUAUUUUUAACCUUUCUACGUUCUUCUUCCCACAUGUUGAGAAUCUGUCCUACAUCCUUCCAUAUUUUCUUCUUCUUCAUGAAGUUUUUCAUAGUAUUUUCUGUUAAAAUGGGAAGCCAUAUUAUUUUCUCUAAUUGCUUUUCUCACUUGACAUAGAUGACAUCCUGGCUGAUCAGUAGCUACAGUCAAUCUCUCUCUCUCUCUCUCUCUCUCUCUCUCUCUCUCUCUCUCUAGCUCUCGCUCUCGCUCUCACCCUCACUCUAAUAGUUGCAUAUUCAAUACAUGUAGAUGUACCAAAAAGUAUUCAACCUUUUUGUUACUGAUAUUCAUUUAUUUCCUUUUUCACCAACAUAACACUACCAAAACACAAAGUGAUGUUUUAUUUCUAUAGGUUGGAUUCUCAGAAAUGCUAACAAGUCAUAUGUUUUAUUUUAAGAAAUUAGGAUUAUCAUUUAAAAUGAAAGUGCCUAUUUUCAGCAUCCUCUGCAGCAUCACUUUUUAAGAUUUAAAAAUCUGAAAGGUGAAAAAUUAUGUUAUUGCUUGUCACUGUGACUGCCUUUUACCUGACUUCAAAGAGGAUUUCUCUUUCUAUUUGAGUGUUUUUCUUUUGUGAUUUGACAAUUAUUAUCCUUUCUUCAUUUAUCUAUUGAAUUGUUGAUCUUUUCCUUAAAAAUUUAUGAAGUGCAUUUAAUAAUUUGUAGCUUAUGUGUUAUGAUUUUUCUAUUAUAUAAUCUUGAUUUUAUUGGUUAUGUCUUUUAUUUUAUAAUUGUAAAAAAAUUAGGUAGAUGAUUGUCUCUUUUAUAACUUUCAUUUCCUGUUAUUUUCCAGAUGGAUAUCACCAUCCUAAGUCAUUCACCUACAUUUCAUAAUUAUUUUAUUAUUAUUAAAGUUUAAGUGUUUGAGUCAUAUGAAAUUCAUUUUGGUAUGUGGUAUAAGAUAGAGAUCCAAGUAUACAUUUCAUUCACAUUGGAUAUCCAAUUAUACAAUUUAUUUAAAAAAAACACACCCAUUUUCAAAUUUCUGAGCCAAUAUUACAUGAUUUGUAAUAUACUGACUGGCCAUGAAGUAGUUUUAGAAUCUGGUAAAGCGAGUCCUCCUUCAUUAUUAUUUUUUUCUUCCAAUGUAAUUUGUCCUCCACAUUAACUCUUUCAUAUGAAAAUUAUAAGCACUUUUUUGACAUUAACAAAUUCUGUCUCAAUUAAAAUUGCAUUAAAUUUCUAUGUUUCUCUUUGGAGUAUAACAAUAAUAUUAAUUCUUAACACCAAAGUGUUUUGAUAUAUCAUUGAAUUCUUUGGUUCUUAUUUCUUAAUAUUCUUCAUAUAGGUUUAUCAUAUGAAAUUGAUCUUAUUUUUGAGUAUUUUUACAGUUGUCACAUUUUGAAUUGGGUACAUUUUCCUCCUCAUUUAUAGCUUGUUAUUUUGGGCAAUAAAAGCAACCUAUAGAUUUUUAUAUUUUUAUCUUUUAUUCAAUGAAUUUAUUUAAUCUUCUAAAUUACAGUGGGUUUAAAAAUAGAACAUUUUGGACUCUAGGUAUACAAUCAUUUUACAUGUAUAUAAAAAUUAUUUUAUUUCUUCUAAUGUUUAUAUGGAUUAUAUUACUUUAGCUGGAUUCUCCGGAAUAGUGUUGUAUAAUGAUAUAGACAUAUUUCACCUAUUUUUAAGUUUCAAAAAAAUCUUUGUAGUAUUUCAUAUUAGUAUUAUAUUUGCUGUUGGUUAUUGAUUUGCUGUUGAUUAUUAACUUGUUUAGGAGUUUCUUCUUUUCCUUUUUUACAUAGUGUUAUUAUCAGAAAUGGCUCCUGGGUUUAUCAAAUGUAUUUUCAUUAUCUAUUCUUAAAAUUGUAUGAUAUUUUUCCUUUAAUUUGUGGAUGUAAUGAAUUAAAAUGGUUGGUAUUUGAUGUUGAACCAAACCUUAAUUUCUGGAAUUAAUCCUACCUGCUGCAUGCUGUGUUUUAUUUACCAACAUUUCAUUUAGAAUUAUUGCAUUUGCAUUCCAACUUGGAAUUGUUUAUUUUUGUUCUUUUUUAUGCUCUCUUUACCAAGUUUUUUUUUUUUAUUAGAGAUGUACUAGCUUUAAAAAUAUGAAUUUUUGUGUUUUUAGUAUUGUCCUGUGGUCUCAAGUAGUUCAAAUAGCAUUAGAAUAAAUUGUUCAUUAAAAGUUAGCUAGUACUAAUCUGUAAAAUGAUCUAAUCCUGGUGACACUUUUGAUUGUAGAUCUUUAGUCAGUUCUCUGAUUAUUUUCAGUGACAAUUAGUUUAUUCAAGCUUUUGUUUAGAAAGAAUAUGUAUUCUCUGUGAAAUACAAAGUCCAAAGUUGUCUCUGUUAUCAACCUUGUUGCUUGUAUUAUUCACAUGCUUUAUGUCCUCGUAUAUUUUAUGCCUCAAGAUUUGUCCAGUACUGAAAAAUGUAAUAAAAUUAUCAGCUCUAAUGGCAUUUUAAA